GCCGCUCCGCAGUAACGCGAUUGCUCUCGUCGAGUGUAAAACCCGUUCGCGGAGAGUGGUUCGCUCGUUACUUCGUGACACGCAACGCGCGUUGUCCCGCGUUCGUGUCUCCUCCCUCUCUCUGUUCCUUCGUUUCCCUCUCUCCCGUGUCUGUUUCUUUCUCCGUCUGUUUCUUUGGUGUCGAUCGGCGCGCACUGCGACUUGACUUGGAGAGUGUUCAGUGGUCGGUCUCGCGAUAGUUCGGUGCUCGGUCGAACCGCGUUUUUUCUCUCUCUCUCUCUGUCCGUCUGUCCGUCCGUCUCUGUCUUUGUCUCACUCACUCACUCACUCUUUCUUCUUCACCACGAUCAUUGAAUCAGACGAGAGGAGCAAUCGCAUUCGAUCGAAAAGUUUGCUAGGAAUCGGAGUAGUUUAGUUUUUUUUUUUUCGUGGAGUUGUUUGUGCGAAAGGAGCCGCGCGUCCCCCGCGUGUGAUUGUGACUGUGCGGGAGCGACAGCGGUGGUGGACUCGGAGAGUCGAAAGCGUCGUAGUGACACGGACUAUGCCGAAACGCGGCCAUCCAAUUGGGAAGCAGCGUGGUCGCGCUGGCCUGGUGUUUGGGUCGCCUAGCGGCGACUGAGUCCUGUUACGGGAUGCUAAAAGUUCCCGCGGGAGUCGGUGGCGAGCGUUGGCUGAAAGAGGAGAGGAGGAGGAAGAAGAAGAAGGCAGGCAGGAUGGGCGGGAGACGAGGUGUGCUGGUCCGCGACGUAGGUGCGCAUCGCGACGCCGACGACGUGACGGCCACGUGCCCCCGCGGAUAUCUCGUUCGCUGUUGCCACUAACUGCUCUAUGCAUCGUACGUAGUCGAGCGAAACGGUGACCGUGUACGGCCGUGUCGUUUUCAACGGCGUUAUUAAAAAAAAAAAAAAGAAACAAGAUAGUGUGUGAUUUCUUAGAUAGAUGGAAUAUAGAGUGUGAUAUAUUGGAAUAUAUAUAUAUAUAUAUAAUUUUUGCUUCGCGUAUCAAGUGCGUAACGAGUGACUUCGAGAAGGAUCUUUAUCUCUCUCUCUCUCUCUUUAUUUCUCUGUUGGUGUUCAUCGAUAUUAUAUCGCAGGGUAUUAUUCGUGGAAGGAAAAAUCGUCGAAUCGUUGUUGGAUAUUUUAGUGGGUGAAGCGAGAGAACAGGUGGCACGCGUGUUCUUCCCUAAAACAAAUAAUUCGAUAUCGAUAAAUAGAGAUAGAUAAUAGAAUUGAAUUUUGCCGCCGGCGAGGGGAGAAGAGAAGGACGGUGGCUCGUCGAGUUGUCAUCACGGGAUGUUGAUGAUGAUUCGUAGUCCCGCGCUAAACACGAAUAUCGUAUCGACUUGAAACGCUUGAUACACGAGGUAAUAGUUCCGUGUAGUUCCUUCCGUCCUAACCGAAGCUACGUGGUUGCUCCAACAAUUUAUCCACACCAAGGCAAAGAAAAUCGAGAAGUUACGUUACCGUGAAGUGUUGUGAUUCUUUGGCCACGGUGAAUUCCACUCGCAGUGAUUAAACGAGGUUUCGAGUGGGAACCAGUUCGUUCCUACUACUACUACUACUACUAUUGCUACUACUACUACUGCUGCUACUACUACGUUAAACGACGCGAGGAGGGACUAUUUGCCGGUAAUCGGAGGCGAAAAAUACGACGGAGUCGAUAAACUCGACUCGACUCGGCGGUGGCGGUGGUGGUGGUGGUGGUCGUGGUGGUGGUGUUGUUGUUGUUGUUGUUGGUGGUGGUGCUGGUGGUGGUGAUCGAAGAAGAAAAAGAAGAAGAAGAAGAAAUCGGAGAACAGUGUGACCAAACUAGGCGCCACGGCUAGGAAGAAGGGAGAAGAAGAAGAAAAAGGAAAAAAGAGAAAGAGGAACGGUCGAGAGCCGCGUCGAAUCGAAAUCUUUGGACGAGGAUAGACAGAUCGGCGAUUAUCGAAAAGAAGGAGGGAAGCAAAGUCUCGGGCCGAGAGAUUCCCGCGCUCGUACCCCGAUCAUCAGGCCGGCGGGAGUUCGAGGAGAGGGUGAAGGGCGUCGUGGAGGGGGGAGUGAUGCCGGUGAGGGUGGCACAGCGCCCCCCAGGUGGAAUACCACUGCACGCCGGCGUGCCGGUAGCGCCCAGCAGCGUAACCGCCUCCGGUCCGUCGGGCCGGUGCCUCGGGGGCCCGGCAGCGCCCCCCGCCGGCUCGCCACCGCUGCCGCCCUCCCUGCAAUCGCUCGGCGGCGGUGUGAGCAACGCGAACAGCGCCGCUGGCGCGGCCAGCAACGGGUCCAGCAACGGUAACACCGGGAACACCGGCACCCUAGUCGGCAGCAACACCGGUCAGGGGGGGAUCGCGACCCAAGCCCUCGGCGGCGUCACGACGACGAGCGGCGUCACCACGAAUCCCCUGCAGGCGAUGGCGUCGGCGGCGGCCUCGCUAACCCAGCUCAACAACAUGGCGAAUGGCCCGCUGCCGCCGCUCGCGGCCACCGGGCCCACCGGCCCCCCCAGCUUGCCGCCUCCCCAGCCGGCCACCACGCCGACCCACGGGGGCCCGCCGACGCCGCACGCCGGUGUCACGGCUGGGCCCCACCUCAACGGAGCGUCUCCAAGCCCUCACCCCAUGCCGCCCCACGGGAUGAUGAGCGGCUCGCCGCACGCCCCCCACCCGCACAUGGGCGGAGGUGGGCCCUCGCCUCAUCCGCACCACCCGGGCCCCCACAUGGUCGGCUCGCCUCACCACCCCGGUCCGCAUCCCAUGGGCCCAGCCGCCGGCAUGAUGGGCCCGGCCGGCAUGCAGCCCCAAGCCGCGCCCGGCAUGUGCGGCCCAGGACCGACCGGCCCGAUGGGGCCCCACGCUCAUCCCCAGGGACCUGGAGUACCCGGACAACCGCAUAUGCACAACGACCCCUUCUACUGCUCCCCCUUUGGAUCGCAUUACUUCAGUCUUUACGCGUCAAAAAUGAAAGAAUCGAACGGAAUAGUAUGUCAACUCUGCCAGACAUACAGUCAAAAAUCGUUGCCUGUCCCCAGGAGGCAUACUCCGUACUUUGGCCAACCGGACUACAGGCUCUACGAGUUGAACAAGAGGUUACAACAGCGUACAGAGGAGAGCGACAAUCUUUGGUGGGACGCAUUCGCGACUGAAUUCUUCGAGGAUGACGCAACCUUAACCCUCACCUUCUGCCUGGAGGACGGACCCAAGAGAUACACGAUAGGAAGGACGUUAAUACCCAGGUACUUCCGUUCAAUAUUCGAGGGCGGUGUGACGGAACUUUACUACAAUUUGAAACACCCGAAGGAGUCAUUUCACAAUACCAGCAUAACCCUCGACUGUGAUAACUGCGUUAUGGUUACGCAUCACGGAAAACCGAUGUUCACGAAGGUAUGCACGGAGGGUAGAUUAAUAUUGGAAUUCACGUUUGACGACCUUAUGAGGAUAAAGUCGUGGCACAUGUCGGUGAGGACGCACAAGGAGCUCGUGCCUAGGACUGUGGUCGGUAUGCAACAGGACCCGACGAUGCUCGAACAGCUUAGCAAGAACAUCACGAGGCAGGGCAUCACCAACUCCACCCUCAACUAUCUUAGGUUAUGCGUGAUCUUGGAACCGAUGCAAGAGUUGAUGUCGAGGCACAAGGCGUACGCGUUGUCACCGAGGGACUGCUUGAAGACGACCUUGUUCCAGAAAUGGCAGAGGAUGGUUGCCCCGCCGGGUAAGAGAGAAUCGCAGAGGCCGGCCAGCAAGCGGAGAAAGCGGAAGGGUAGCACGUCGGGUCCCGGAAACAACGCGCCACCCGCCCCCAGCAAAAAGAGAUCUCCGGGGCCUAAUUUUUCUCUGGCAUCACAGGACGUGAUGGUCGUCGGUGAGCCGUCGCUGAUGGGAGGGGACUUCGGCGAGGAGGACGAGCGGGUGAUCACGAGGUUGGAGAACACGCAGUACGACGCCACCAACAGCCUGGAUCCGCACAGUCACGACACGCCGGGCGGGCCGCCCCCGCACCCCCAUCAAUUCCACUCGGAACCGACCCCGGGCAACUCUUGGCCCCCGGACCGCGGUCCCGGCCCGCCACAAGGAGGGCCCGGCAGCCAGGGAGUUCAAGGUGGGCAGGGUGGCGCAGCAGCGGGUGUACAGGGGACGCAGGACGCCAGUCAACAGCAACAAGACAAGAAGAGUCCCGCGGUGAGCCAGUGAGGCCAGGAGUCCCCGCGCCCCCCCACCAGGGGGCGACGGGGGCGCAGGCCCAAGAACAUGGCUCCCUAGCGGGGCGAGAACCCUAACCUCCCCGGCGCCUACUUAGCCUCGACCGGCGGGUGCUCGGCCGGCGGCAGGCUGCCGCACGUUGGCCUGCCCCAUCCGCUGGCUUGCCAUCAGCAGCCAGGCCUGUCCGGGCAUCACACGGAG